AUGGAGACAUAUUCCCAAUACCAUCCUCCCCAACAGUCCGCGUAUCCCCACAAUCACUCUGGCGCUGCGCCAAGCCAUUCGAAUCCUGCUCUACAGACACAACCAUCCAGCUAUGCGCAACAUCAGCAAUCGCAGCAAAUGGCACAACCUGCGAUGAUUCCACAAAUCUACAACCCGGCAUAUGGCAUGCAGCCUCAGUACGCGGCGAUGGCUACGGCAGCAGCAUCAGGUUAUCCAGCAACAUACUCAAUAGCGGAUCCUUCUAUUGGCAACGGCAUGCAACCUACCUCACCACGACUACAACACGUCAAGGCCGAUGGUAACCUACCCCGCCCGCCUGCGCAAUCGCCGCGAUCACAAACUCAAAUGAAUGUUCCCGGCUCGAUGGCGGCACAGAUGAACAUGUCGCCUGUAUCCACCAUCGCCAAUGGAAUGCCUCCGCAGAUGCAACAACGGCGCAUGUCGCAUGUCAACGGCGGCACAAACGGUGCGAAUGGCCCUGGACAGGGUCCAAUGAGUGCCGGUCGACCCUCUACAGCACAACAAGCACCACCACAGCAAACGCAACAGGCUGGCGACGGCCCAGUCGCUGGUGCCAACGAGGAGUCGCCGCUAUAUGUCAACGCGAAACAGUUCCACAGGAUAUUGAAGCGGCGCAUGGCGCGUCAAAAGUUGGAGGAUACAUUGCGCCUGACUUCAAAAGGACGGAAACCAUAUCUGCACGAGUCGCGACACAACCACGCAAUGAGGAGACCACGCGGUCCCGGAGGCCGUUUCCUGACGGCGGAAGAGGUUGCAGCACAGGAGGCGAAGGAAGGAGGCGGUGCCAUCCAAGGUGAACAUGGUGUCGCCUCGAAUAACAGUGGAAGUGCUAAGAGAAAAGCAGGUGGAUCACAUGGCAGCGCUCAUGGUGAAACUCCCAGCAAAAGGGUCAAGAAGCACGACGGAGAAGCUGAGGACGACGACGACGAUGACGAUGGAUAA